AUGGGAGAAACUUACGCAGUUUUCGGUCUUCGGUACUGCCAUCUCGAUUCCGGGAUCUUGUACUCCGGGCCCGAUGGCUUUGGCCUGGAAUCCUCCCUCCUCCUCUUCAGCGGGGGGCUCUUUGGGUCCGCCGCGGGGUCUGUCUCUGGCGGCGGGCCGUCUUGUGCACUCGCCGUACACACGCUCCCGUGCCGGCCUUGGUCUUUGGCCUCUGAUGCCCGGGUGCCCAUCGCCGCCAGCGGGCCGGCUUGGGCACUCACUGUAGACCCGCUCGAGUGCUGGCCUUGGUCUCCGGGUUCCAGAACCGCAGAUGCCGCCUCCGUCGCGGGCCCCGCGCCGGACGAUUGGCCGCCCCGGCCUUCCUCCUUCGCGCCGCCCGCAGGCGGCCACUGCCGCGGAGGCGACAGCGACGACGAGGACGUCAGCGUAGGAACGAAAGUCCGGGGGCGCUUCCCUUUGUCCCCCGGCGAUGUCGCCGCCCCACUGCCGGCGGCGCCUCGUCCACUCGCCUGGCAGCUGCUGCCUGCGGCCGCCCCACGGCCGGCCUGUGGCCUGCUGCCCGCGGCGCCCGCGCUGCUGGUCUGCGGCCUGCCACCGGCGGCGCCCGCGCCGCUCGCUUGCGGCCUGCUACCCGUGGUGCUCUUGCCGCUCGUCUGCGCCGGGCUGCCCGCGGCCCCCUUGCCGCUCGUCUGCGGCCUGCUGCUGGCGGCGCUCCCACCGGAGUCGUAUAGCCCCUCACAAAUACUUUUUAUUACAAAAAUCCCCACUGGCCGGAUUCGCGUACCGCGGCAGCACCUCCUCCUCCUCAAGAUCGCCGCCGCAGCUGCCGCCGGCGCGUUGGCGCUCAUUGUCGCGGCACGCCUCCGCCGGGACGACGCCGUGGCCUCCCUCAGACGGGAGAUCCACGAGGCCGUCGCCGCGCUCAUCGCCGACGAGGAGGACGGCGAUGGUGGCGGGGGCGGGGGCGCGGAGGAGGAGGCCUCGCCGCCGCCCCCGUCCGUGCUGAUCAAGGGGUUCCGGGGGCACGGGAAGAGCUCGCUGGUGAACACGGCGUGCCGCGCGCUGGCCGGCGAGGACGUCCCGCUGCUGCUACGCGCGGAGGCAUCGCCUCCCGGAGGCGGGACCGAUGGCCCCAGGCGGCGGCGGAGGGUGAAGGCGGUGGUCUCCGGGGCUGAGGACGGCAUGUCGGAUGACAUGGUGGUGGAGCUGCUGGACGCGCCGCCGCUCCCCGAGGCGGGGAGGCUGACGAGGGAGGACAUCGACGCGGCGAUCAGCGGUGGGGAUCCAGAGUGCGUGGUGCUGGUGCUCCACUGCGACGCGUCCACCAAGGAGCGGAACGCCGCCGUGAAGCGCCUCGCGGAGAUCUCUGCCGCCGUCAGGGCGAAAGGGCUUAAUUUGAUCAUUGUACUGACAUUUAAGAAGGCCAUGAGAUCGAUAAGGCAAGCUGAAGAACUUCUACGAGAGGUUUCAUUCAGGGCCAGAACAGAUUGUGUGUACUUCAUCGAGAACUACACCUGGAGCAACAAUGGGCCCAAUCUGCGCCAUCCUCCUGUCAUCAAGAACAACUUUGAGAUGCAUUUCACGGUGCUGACAAUCAUUCGGCAGUGUAUUGUGUUCAUCAAGAUAAAUAGGUGCCAGUCCAAGGACAAGAGGAACGGCAAGCAGGUGAAACCGGCUGAGUCCAACCUUAAGAUUCCACCGGCAGAAGCUAAGCAGUGCCGAAAGUUCAAUGACUCCAGUGUAAGACUCUUCUUCAACAGUUCGGAAACUUGAUUAAUUCUUCACUGACUUGCCAGGUACGAUCUACUUCAUGAUUAUGUAUGUAUACUUGUAUACUGUAUAGUAUGGAAAUAGUCUGACAGGCUGCACAAAAUGUAUUUUCAUUCGUCUGUUAUGCGAAGUUACAUAUGUAUUUUUAUCUGGUUUUGGCAUAUAGUUUAUGUGCUGCCGCUUUUCUCAUUUUCUGGAUUCAUAAAGCUAAGGGGGAAUCCCUCUUGCCAUGUAAUACCAUCAAUGAUAAUAUUACAGCUCUAAAUCACCAAUAUUUAGAUGAAAACGUUAUAUCUACCAAUAUUUAGAUGAAAACGUUACAGAUAUAUAGAAUCACUUGUUUAUACAUUAUAAUUAACCCUACUAUAGUCAAGUCCCAAGCCGAGCUACUUGUACAUCUAAAGAUUAUUGUCAUAGGUGGAAUGUGAA